CUGGCUAUCAGUCGUCAUGAGAACGCCGUUGUGAAUGCUUGUCGUUGCUGAGUACAAAGCAAGUUACAAGUGAAUUCCGUGUCAGUGUUUGACUUGUUUCAUAUUUAAUUGUAUACGAUAUUGUUACAAAAGUAUGUUAUAGUGUUUAGUGAGGUUACCAAUAUGACGUUGCGGUAUAUAAGUGCGUCCGUUGUGACGGUUGGCGUGACACUGGUCGUUUAUGCAUGCGCCGCGUUACAAGUAACCUCGGUGGAGGGGAGAGAAGAACCUCAUAAGUACACAAUAGAUGAACUUUUGUCGACAUACUUUGAAAAUAAAGAUUCAAAUGAUCUCGGCAUGGAUCCUUGUAAGGCUGAAAAUUUUCAAGGAGACAUCGCUAUACCUGAUAUAGAUUACUUUAAACCAGCAAACACAGCCCCGACAACAUCCAAAAUCAAUAAAUCGCUUCAAGAGGAAGUAGAAAGACUUAAAAAAGAAGUUCUAUUAGAAGGACUCCAAGUUGAAGAAGAGGGUUUACCAGAUAUAUUGAGAAAGAGAACCAAACAGCCUACAUCGAUAUCAAGAGAAAAACCAAAAAAAUUCAAUGAAGUUACUGUAAUAACUAAGGUGAUUCCACCGGGCUUAGAUAAAUCGAUAUUGAUGAAAAAUGGUAAAAUACCACCCGGCGAAGAUUUAGAUAGUAUUCACAUGGGCAAUCAGAGCAGGGAUAGUCAUUUAAACCAAUCAAGUGUAACUGACAACUUAACUGAAUCUGAAAGUCUUGAACAGGAUGGCGUGUUAGUUGUUAAUGUCUCAACUGAUAAUAUAUUGAAUCUAGAUGAAUUUUAUCCUAAUAUACAACUGUCAAACUUUUCAAACAAAAUGGAUGAAGUUACAAACAAAAUACAAAGUAACAGUCGUGAAAUAACAGGAGACAAUAAUAACUUUAAACUUAAAGACUUACCAGAGAACAUGACGGUUGCUCCUGCUCCUACGAACGGUGUUAUAUUUACAAAUGAAGAUGACAAUGAGAGUCUCAUCAAGGCUACUGAAUUAAAUCAAGAGCUCAAUGCAAAUUAUAAUAUCAAUGAUCUAUUAAAACCCACGGAAAGUUUACAAAGUGUUGUUAAUCUUUCAAGCCAUAAAAGACGACGAAGAAGAAGACACGGGAACGGGAGACGCUUAAGAAAUAUUCAAUCAAGUGAACGAAGAGGUCACAAUGCUGUGAAAAAUUCGGGUGGGGAAAAUGGAUUAGAACUUAAAAAAUCAGUCCUGCGUCACGAGAAAGCAAACGAUUUAAACCAACAUGAACCAGCCAUUCUACUGCCUGAACAUGAAUUUUAUGAUAAAUUCGAACUAAAAUCUCCUCAAAAAAACGUAUUCAAUGAAACUAAGGACCAAUCGUUUAAUGGCUGGUUUUUUCGGGACUCUGAAGAAGAUUUAGAAGCAAGCGAAACUCGUCACCACAGAAAUCAUUACUAUAAUCAUACACAGAUGAAAAGGAGACAUCGCACGGCCAGAGCCGCUACGAACAGGAAGGAGCGUAUUUGGGAAAACGGUGUCAUUCCGUAUGAAAUCGACGGUAACUUCAGCGGCGCUCACAAAUCUCUGUUCAAGCAGGCUAUGAGACAUUGGGAGAAUUUCACUUGCGUCAAAUUCGUUGAAAGGGACGCUGAAUUACAUCGGGAUUACAUUGUGUUCACAGAACGACCGUGCGGAUGUUGUUCAUUCGUCGGAAAACGUGGCAACGGAGCCCAAGCGAUAUCGAUCGGAAAGAACUGUGACAAGUUUGGGAUUGUGGUCCAUGAGUUGGGACACGUGGUCGGCUUUUGGCACGAACACACUCGACCCGACCGGGACAGACAUGUUCAAAUAAUCCGGGAUAAUAUUAUGACUGGGCAAGAGUAUAAUUUUAAUAAGCUAACAGAAGAAGAAGUAAAUUCUUUGGGACAGACGUACGAUUAUGAUUCUAUCAUGCAUUAUGCGAGAAACACUUUCAGUAAAGGGACGUUCUUAGAUACGAUUCUACCUCUUGAAGUUCAUGGGAAGAAGAGACCUGAGAUAGGACAGAGAGUGAGAUUGAGUGUGAGUGACAUAGCUCAGACUAACUUACUAUAUAAAUGUGCAAAAUGCGGAAAAACGUUCCUUGGUAACUCAGGCUGGUUUAAUUCUCCUGGCUGGGGUUCUGAAACACCACCAGAGACUCCGGAGAAAUGCGAAUGGAGGAUAGUCGCCACUCACGGAGAACGAGUCGUCCUGAACAUUACUGAGAUAGAUAUUCACAAAACGGAUGGUUGUCGUUCGGAAUGGGUGGAAGUCAGGGAUGGUUAUAUGCCAAACGCACCAGUCCUUAGUCGUAUCUGUGGUUCAGGGAAAGGACCAAUGAUGAGAUCAACGGGAUCCAGGCUAACGGUGGUCUACCAGCCGGGGACGAGGUCCAAACCUCACAGAGGAUUUAGAGCACAUUACGAAGCUGUAUGCGGCGGAGACAUAGAAGUUGAUAGUAGUGGUCAUCUAGAGUCACCGAACUAUCCCGAUGAUUAUCAUCCAAAUAAAUUAUGCAUUUGGAGACUUUCCGUGCCACAAGAUUACCAAGUAGCAUUACGAUUCCAUUCAUUCGAAGUGGAAAACCAUGACACCUGCAAUUAUGAUAAAGUAAAAGUAAGAGACGGAGACUCAAUGGACAGUCCUCUGAUAGGGAUGUUUUGUGGACAUAAGAUUCCGCCUGACAUAAGGUCAACAUCAAACAAACUGCUCGUGAUCUUCGAGUCUGACAGUUCGGUACAGAAAGCCGGUUUCUCGGCUACCUUCAUGAAGGAAUACGAUGAAUGCACCUCCAUAGACCACGGCUGCAGUCACUCUUGCGUCAACACUCUCGGUGGUUACGAAUGCGCAUGUGACAUUGGCUAUGAGUUGCAUUCAGAUGGAAAGAAAUGCGAGAAUGCAUGUGGCGGAGUGCUUUACGCUCCGAACGGUACAAUAACCUCACCGUCUUUCCCGGACUUGUAUCCAGCAUCCAAGAACUGUCUUUGGGAGAUCGUAGCGCCGCCUCAACACAGAAUCACUCUAAACUUCACUCAUUUCGAUUUAGAAGGCAGCAAUAAUAUGUAUCACCAGGAGUGUGAAUACGAUAGUGUGACGGUCCAUUCGCGACUUGGUGCUGACGUGUUACGGAGGCACGGCGCUUUCUGUGGUUCGGUCGUCCCGCCGCCUGUCACCUCAGACGGAUCCGUGUUGCGAGUACAGUUCACGUCGGACACAUCCGUUCAUCAUUCGGGUUUCGCGGCCGCGUAUUACAUAGACGUUGAUGAGUGCGCAGACAAUAAUGGUGGCUGUGAACACGAGUGUCACAACACUCUUGGCGGAUAUGAGUGCGCGUGUCACAGUGGGUUCACACUGCACCCUAACAAGCACGACUGUAAGGAAGGCGGGUGCAAACAUGACAUCACGCACCCGCACGGAACCAUUUUUAGUCCAAACUACCCAGACUUGUAUCCAUCACGGAAGGAUUGCGUGUGGCAAUUUUCUACCACCCCAGGGCAUCGUAUCAAGCUCAUAUUUAACGUGUUUGAGUUGGAGCCGCAUCAGGAAUGCACGUACGACCACGUAACAAUCUACGACGGAGCUUCAGCCGACGAGAAAACUUUGGGUAGAUUCUGCGGCAGUAAACUUCCGCAUCCAGUGGUCGCGUCACAGAACCAGAUGUACGUAGUGUUCAAAUCCGACGCUUCUGUGCAGAGGAAGGGGUUCCUAGCUACUUAUUCCACCGCUUGCGGGGGUUACCUCUCGGCAUCAGAGACAGUGAAGCACUUGUACUCCCACGCUAGAUACGGGCAUGACUCAUACGAGUCGCGAGCUAACUGCGAUUGGAGCAUUGUGGCGCCAUUGGGAUAUUUCGUACGACUUACAUUCCUCACAUUCGAGUUGGAACCGGAAGCUAAUUGUGGUUAUGACUUCGUUCAAGUCUUUGGUGGUUUGGAAGGCAGUUCUGGUGAUUACGGAAGCUUUUGUGGAUCUAAGAUGCCGCCACAAAUAGUUUCUACAACAGAGGCUCUCCUACUGAGGUUCCGUACAGAUGAUUCUAUAGUAUUCAAAGGAUUUUCUGCAUCAUACGAAGCUGUGAAACCUGACGUGUGGAGCGGAGAAGAUAGCUCCGAGGGCGGAGAAGAUUUGGACGAAGAAGAAGACGAAGAAAUGCCACCUCUAGUUUUAGGGAGGAGAGGUCUCCGCGCCCCUUUACCACGAUUCGUUCGUCGGCCCACGUGACGGUGGCCAUUACGUCACAGACACCGGCAGCAUAGAAAUGCCCAUCGUGUCAAACCAAGACCAUUUUAAAAACGCAUUCAGCUAUCCAUUGCCAUAUUAGAUUUAUCAUAUUAUACUUUGAAGAAUAUACCAAAUAGUAAUAAUAAUCUUAAAUUGAAAUAGAAUGUUGACAUAAAAUUAAUUAGCUAACGAGCAAUAUAAAUUUAUACCCCUUCAGCUUAAUCUUUCCUCUUUUCAAUAGUUUAAGCCUAUAUAAAUUUUAAAACUGUAUCUGGCUAGUCUUGUGGUAAUAACGUUGUUUUUAUAUCCGAACGGAUUCUAUGAAGUCAAAAAAACAGUUCGAAAUAGUUUUAUAUGACUGAUUGUAAAUGUAAAUAAAUUAUUCGUAGGAAUAGACUUAAUACUUAACGUAGUUACCAAUUGAAUACUCUUAAUAUAUUAAUUAAGAAAAUAUUAUAAUUUUUUUUAUAUAGUGUAUGUAAGUAUAUAAAUCUUUUCCAACAACCAAAGAUUUAUCGAUAGUAGAAGUUACAUAAAAUAUGUGCCAUUUAAUAUAUAUUAAUAUUGUAAUUUCAAAUACUUUGAUUUUGAAGUGUAUGUUUAUAGGUAGAAUGUACUUACAAAAUAAACUUCAUAUUUGUAAUAUAAGAUACCAUUUUCUCUGUUUUUAAGAAAAUUUGACUAACUAAAUACUAUUACGAAACAAGAUAUAUGACAAUACACGUAGAUUUAAGUUAAUUAAGCAUAAUAUUUAAAUUGUAAUAAUUAAAUUAAAAUUAUUCCAAUUUUUCAAUAAAUCCCGUUUUUAAUUUACUCAGUAUAUGUAAUUUUUUAUGUUUAAAUAAUAUUUUAACGUAUUUAGACAUAAAAGUCAUAUAAUUCAAAUAAUUAAUUGUCUUUGGUCAGGAAGCAUUCACUAAGAAAUAAACAAGUGUGUUACUCUUAUUACUAGAUACUGUAGAAAUGUUUUAGGAGUAGAAUGAUAAAAAUAUACGUUUGAAUGAUGUUUGUGUGCCAAAAUCAAUAUCAGUGUAUACAUAAUACUCAAUGUGUACAACAUAACAUAUUUUUACUUUAAGGCGGAAAUUUGUCGUGUAGAAAUGUCAUAUUAUUUUUAUUAAAAUUAUUAAAAAUCAAA